AGAGCAACAUCAAAUUCUAACAUCAUAUUUGUGUGUAUGCAAACUUUGAUCAAAUACUUUCUGUUUACUCAUGAACAGACAUGCCUGUGGUGAAGCCUUCAUGCUUCUUCCUCUUUAAAACCAGAUGGGUUGGUCACACAAACAUAGUCUGAUUUUACGUCACACAAAGGAAACUAGAUCUGUUGAGUCAAGGGGAAGGGCUUAACUUUUCUGUCAGUUUCAUUUACUUGGAAGCUACGAUGGAUCCUGAGGAGCAACGGAGAGCGCAAUUUCAGGCCAACAUAAGAGCAGAGUUCAAAAGAAAUGCUUUCCUACUUAUUAAUGAAAUGGUGGAAAUGGCUUCACACAAUCAAGACACUUCACAACUAGUGGAUGAGAUUCUUCAUAGCAUCUUCUUUUUGGGGGAAAUUAACCGUCCAAAGAUUUCUCCCAGAGAAAUUUUUGAUGCUGAUGUUGACAUGGUUGAUGACUUACAGAAAAAGUAUCCGGAGCCUUUCACACGUUAUUCCUCUCGUCUACCAAGACGGAGUCCAUUUUCAUGUGUGCUGGACAUGGUUGUUCAUCUGAAAGGUCAAGAACAUGAGGAUGAUAUUAGAGAAACCCUGCAGAAACUCGUCCAAGAGUUGAAGCCGAGGCGCAGACGUCGCAAACCGAUGUUGUGUUCCUCUUCAAUCUGCAUCUCUGCUGGCAAAAGAACAAAUUCAGUGAGACACUAUGGAGUCUCCAUGUCCACCACUGAUUCUAAUAGCAAAAUCAUGAUUGCUGCAUCCUGCCUUAGCUUCUGGGAGGCACAUGUAGCUCAUGCAGUGAGCUCAUGCUACUAUCCUGUAGAAAAUAGUACAGCAGACUUUGAUGUAACCAUCCAACUUUCAGAUGUCAUAUGUAAAGCCUUUGACCUUAUAAGCAGAGGAGAAAAAAGUCCCUGCCUUUUUUGUAGAAAUAUGUUUGGCUUGACCUCAGAUACACAGGACUUACAGACACCGAAAUGGCCUUAUGGCAACUGCGCCGAAGCUGAAAGUUUGAGUAACUUGCUUAGAGAGGAAGAAGUUAGAAUACAAAGAAAUGGAAACUGGACAGAAGAAAACCAGGAAAGGGUUAAAAAUGGUGUUAGGAAUGAGCUUGGAAGACAACUGAACCACCUUCACUUUGAAUGGGACAACCAGUUCUACAAAGAGCAAUAGCUGAAAAUGAUGGUGAGGAAGAACCUCUGCCGGAAUAGGCUUUUACAAGACGAAGAGCAGAUAUUAACAAUGACUCAACUGUAAAGUCGCAAACAUCUGAGAGAGGUCAACAGUUGGGAACGGGAAAUCAUUUUUAAUCUUUUCUGCAAAUUGCAAAGCAUAAAAUCUUUGGGGAAAAACAAUUAUUGUGGUUAAAAAUGUCAUUUAGUGUGCCUUCCAUGCUGUUGGAAUAAUUUUAAGCUUUAUUAUCAUUUAUUUGUUUUACAUUGUCUUAUUUUAUCAUCUUUUUAUUUACCUUUGUAUUUACAUUUUAAUGGUGCGCUUUAAGUGUUUUGAAGUGUUUGCAGAAAAGGAAGCUGUGAGAAGCAGCCUGCUGAGGAGUGAAAAAGAGGGUGCGAUGAACGAGACGUUCCAGAGCUCAUUAUCCAGAGGAACUGCAAACUGAUAUUCUUAUCUUAUGAAAUAUGCUUUUGAAGGUUGUAUAGUUAAGUUCUGUGCAUUUGAGUGUGCAGCUGUGCUUUGCUCCCCAUACCUUUAGAGCUGCAUGCUGUGAUGUAACGAGGGCGUUCCUAAUUAUAAUAAAAGCAGGAAGGGGGCUCAGUUGAAGCUUCAGAACAUAGGCCAAAAUCUGUAACUGGGUUUUGACUGUGUCCUCCCUGCAGGUAAAACCAAA